CCGGCGUCCUCCCGGAGAGAGAGGCUCUGUGGCGGCGGCGGACCAGGAAGGAGGAAAGCCCGCCCCCCCCUCUUCUCCGCUGGGCUCGGAGGAAGGAAGAGGCGCGGGCCCGGUGCACACGUGUCGGAUGUCACGCGUCCAGGAAUCGCGCGCCGGUCACGUGUGAAGCAGCCUCAUCUCCCGAACACGCGUCUCCUGCCGCCCGGCCUGUGCAGCUGCCGAGGCGCUUACCGCGUCGAGGGUUCGCCGGCCCUCUUCCGACCGCGGCCUCGCUUAGCUUUCCGGCGAGGGCGCGACGCAUGGCGGCGCUGGAGGGGGCCUUCCAGGGGGGAGGAGGGGGCCGGAGGGGGGCCGGCGCGCCCCUGGUGGAGUUCCUGCAGGGGCCGCCCGCCUCGCCCGACAGUCCCUUCCCCGCCGGGGGCCCCCCGAGCGCAUUGGACGGGCCUGGGAGCAGCUGUGCCUCCUCCGACGGGGCCACCCACCGCCGGCCGGACUUGUAUCUGCCGCCGCCGCCGCCGCGGGCCAGCCCGCUGGCCCCCGAGAGGGGAGCUCCGCCCGUGCUGCUGCCGCAGAAGAGCCGCCCGCGGGCGCCCGCCUGCUGCAGGAAAAAGCACAAGAUGGACGAGGAGCCGGAUGACUGUCCUGUGGGCAAGAAGAGGUGGACUGAAGCUGGACUGGGCUCCACAGCACCUGGUGCCGAGUGGACGGGGCUCUCACCGCAGGGCCUCAAUCACCUUCCCUGCCCACCUGAGCCGCUUGAAAUCCCGUGUGAAGAAAUGGAGCAAACCAUGGGUGAGCUGCAGUGUGAGGCUGCCCGCAGGAAGCUGCAGGAGAUCGAAGAAAGAAUAAUUGACGAAGACGAAGACAGUGUCCUCACAGAGGGGAGUGUCAGCACCCUGCCUACCCUCAUCCUGUCCGACACACUGAAAACAGGGCUGAAGAAGGAUUAUGAAGGAGUCCUAACAAAGAAAAUAAUCGAGUCCAUGAGCCGCCCCUCCAUGGAGCUGGUGCUUUGGAAGCCUCUGCCUGAGUUCCUUACUGAAAGGGCAAAGCCUGUUUCUGUUAAAAACUACACACCACUGCCAGCCCAAAGGUGCCCUGCAAAGCCAGCAGCCCUUGAAGGUGCCUUUCUUCCACAGAGAGAAGCGUAUUCUGAGCAGCCUCAGCAAGAGAUGACUACUUCUACUCUCUAUGGCACUCUGGGACCCUCUGGGGGUGCAGAUGAGGAGAUGGAGUUGUAGACAGAGAAGGGGAGGCGCUGCCAUGGUGGACCACUUGUCUUCUGUCCUCCAAACAGAUUGGAUCGUUCAGGGGAGGGAACUGUGAGAACUAAUAAUCUAGAGCAGACCGUAACAAGUGUGGAACAUGUAAAAGACGGCACUUUGGACUCCCUGAAAAGAAAUGUGUUGUGCGAGUUGUUAGGGAUUUUUGUUUCUUUUGGCCGUAACUUUUUCCUUCCUUUUGUACAGAGUAAAAUUCAGGCUCUAGGUGUUCUGGUUCAGGCCAUCCCUCAAUGCCUGCUGAGCUGUAAGCAUUGUUCUACUUGGAACGCCACUGGUGUAAAAGGGGCUCACCCGCUUUAAAAAGGAGAGGCUAGAUCUUGCCAUAGCCCCUUAAGUCUUGUGGCUGGUCUGCCACACAGGGAGGGGGACUUGCAGUUGCCCCUCUCACAGUCUGGCCCACAGAAUGCCAACCACCAACCUGUCAAAAAAGGAAGGCUUCAACCAGACUGGGGAGCUGGUUUACAGGCUUUCUACCUUAGAAUCUGAUAAGUGGAACAGCUUUGGGGAACAGCACUUUGACAAAGAUUAACUUCCAUUGGCUGAAUCUUGCUUGCCCUCUACCUUCUCCCAAAGAUGACUUCAGUGGUCUUCUUGCAGUGGUGAGGAAGGUGGAUCUUGGCUGUUGUGACAGAGCUGAUAGCUUUAGUCCAUCUGUUCUCAUAACCUAUGCCAUUUUAAAUAUUUACCUGCCUAAAACAUCAGAUUUCAUGUUCAUUUUACCUUGUGCCUGUGGAUCAGAGCCAUGGAUGGUUGGCACUGCCAGCCCACUUGAGGCACUCACACAAAAUGCUAACCAUAAAUCACAAAGUUGCUUUCCUCUAGAUCAGGUUCUCUUGUGUCUAGAAAGGCAUAAAGUGCUUGUACUCAGAAAAAUUGUUUACUGACUGCUGGAAAGCUAUAAAAGGGGCCUUUCAUAAACCCAGAAUUGUGUGGGGAGGGCAACAUCAGCAAAACUUGCUUGACUGAGAUGCAUUUAAAUCACACUUCUUUUUUCUGUUUUUCUGCAUCUUGCAUUAAGUUGCCUAAUUUUAUGUUGGAGUUUUGUUUUUUAAUUCAUCCUCCCAGCCCCCCCAACAGCUAAUGUGAAAUUGUUUCUAUAUAGCUCUGAAAGAACAAUUGUGUCAAAAAGUUUACAUCAGUUGUGGGGAACCUUGGCCCUCCAGCUUGCCUAUCCCUGCUUGGCCUGCAGCACAUCUGGAGGGCCAAAGGUUCUCCACUCCUGGUUUACAUCUUAAAUCAGAGUGAAGACCCUAUCUCCCCCCCCCGAAGAUGCUAGACUUCCAAAUUCCCAUGCACUGCAGCCAGCAUGGCCAGUGAUUAUGAGAAUUGAAGUUCUACAACAUCUGGUGGGCCACCUUUGCCUUAGACCUUGAUUUCUAGCCUUAGCAAGAUUGUGAAGCUGCUUUUUUCGUUUUGGGAAAAGCAUUUCUGAUAUGGUUAUUUUUCUUUCACAUGGUCCUCCACUUGCAAAUCAAAGCAGCUGUUAAACAGUCCAAACGUCUCAGGGUGUGGAGGGGUGAUCAGAAUCCACUUGGCUGCUCUUAAAUAGCAUAUAAAAGUGGCUCUGUAGAUCACCACAGCUGAUGGGUGCCAAGGGCAGCGGAGCCAAAUUUUUUUGGUAAGAGUUGGGUCUUGCCCUGGUUCCACCCUGGGAGUGAGACGUGUGUGGAGUGCAUUUUCACAAGUAGCACUUGCCAAUUAUGGUGGCUAAAUUUUGUUUUAUGAAGAGUAAUACCAGUGAGGGAAAGGGGGAGAGUCUUCCUGUUCCUGAGGUAAGUAUAGCCAGCCACAGUUACCUUCUUGGGCAAAGCUGGGUAGAAGCCUUCUCUUGAAACUGGCCAGCUCUCAUAGAGCAUUUUGCAGAUUUUCUAAGCCCGUUUUUAAUUAAAACUUGUAUUGAUGAAUCCUUUUUAUCAUCAAAACUUGUCUCUGCCUCCUCCCAGGGGCAUGGUGUCACACAAGGGUAGCCUGGAGGGGGAGAUUUGGGAAUGUUUUUGCUGGUCAGUUCAUUUGAAGCAAGCAGCAUUGGAUUGUGGUCUGUCUUCUGCUGGACCAAAUCACAAUUUGUUUGUCAAUAAACUUUUUUAAAUGUUUGUAGAAA